CUCAUAUAGUUAUUUAUUUAUGUAAACUAGAAAUUGGGAAAGCAAGAAACAACGAUUAGAAAAUCUAAAUCGCUAAAAUGAAUCAAGUAAAUGGAUUAUUAAGUUUAUUUAGAAGAUAAACAGAAAAGUGUCCAGUAGAUAUCAGAAAAUAAUCGAAAUUUUUUCUGUAAUUUUUCAACCUUUUAUGAAGCAUAUAAAGAUAAGAAGAUCCCAUCAAUAGAGUAUUUAGCAUAUUUAUUUAGAUUUUUAAAAGAAUAAUUCCAUAUAUAAGAACUUUUUACAAAUGAAUAAAUAUUAGAGCUGCAAUAAGAAAUGUCUAUUUAAUGGAUUUCAAGAAUUAAAAAGAAUUGGACUGAUGAAGAUAAAUAAAUACUGAUAUGGAUUGUAUUGAAAAUCUGUUCAAGAGAUGGCAUCCACAUUAGAAAAAUUGUAUACAAAUAUAUUUAUAAAUAUAGCCAACUUAAGUAUGGGAGGAAGUAGUAUAAUUAAUCAGUAGAAGGACUAUUGAAUAAUGUAAAAAGAAAUGGAAUGAUUUAUUAAAAUUAUCCUUAUAACAAAUACCAUGGACAUAAGAUUAAGAUGAAUAAUUAAUAUCAUUGAUUAAGUAAUAAUUUAAAAAUUAGCCUUAGUUAAAGCAAAGAUGAUGGAAUGUAAAAUAAAUGGUGUAAUUUAGCAAAUUAGUUAAAUCUAUAAUUCAAAGAUUUUCCAAGAACAGGAAAAUAAUGUAGAGAAAGAUGGAAUAAUCAUCUUAAUCCUGAUAUUAAUAAAAAUCCCUGGAGUAUAGAAGAGGAUAUUGAAUUGUUAGAAUUAGUCAAAAAGAAACAAAAAAAAUGGGCUUUCAUCUCAAAAGUAUUAAAAUCAAAGAGAAGUGAAAAUGCUGUUAAGAACAGAUAUAAUUGUUUAUUGAAAAAAAAUAACUGUUAAUAGAUUAGUACUUUAAUUGAUAUUUUGAAAACUAGAUAAAGAUCUGAGAAUCCGAAAGCUUCUAAAUAAGUAGUUAAAAGAAAUAAAUUAACUAAUAUAAAUUAAAGUACUAUUUAUUAAUUAAUUUUAAUUAAGCUAUAAAACCAUAAACCCAAAAAAUUAUUUAAACCAAUGAGUACAUUAUAUAAUAGUUUGAUUUAGUUGAUGAAAAUAAACUUAAAUAAUUAGUUCCUGCCUUUUAUGAUUCAAAAACUUAAACUCUAUAUUUAAGUAAUAAUCAACAACUAAUCUCAUUUUUGAGUAACCAAAUGAUAAAAAUUGAAAGUGAAUUUAAUAUCUAAAAUUUUGAUCAAAACAAUUAAUAACAUGACUUAUCUAAUCAGAUGAGUGGGUUGUUAAAUUAGGUAGACUCAUCAAACUUUGCAAAAUUGGUAUCUGCUGUUUUUACCAAUUAAUAGCAGCCUAAUUAAUAAGAAAAAAAGUAUUUUAAAUUAUCAAUUAAAUUAAGAUCUUAAUUUAAUAUACCUGGAGUACAGAAUGAAAAAAUAAAUUCAGAUAAGCUUAACGAAAAUAAUCCUCCUACCACUUUUUCAUUUUUUUCUUCAAAAUUGAAUGAUACUUAAUUAAAUACUUAAUUAAAUGUCAAAGUUAGAGAUCCAUAAGAGAAAGAAGAUGAUAAUAAUUAAGUAAUAAGCUAAUUUAAAUGAAUGAUAGCUCAAG